AUGCAUCCAAAUUCUCCUCAUUCAUCAUCUAUCAACGUCUUCAAACAGCCUUCUAGAUCUUCCAGAAAAGUCCACAACUUUGGCAAGAGGUCCAAUUCAAUCAAGAGGAACCCGAAUGCCCCAGUGGUGAGGAGCAGCUGGCUUUACAAACAGGCCACGCACCCCAACAUGCGGACGUAUUACUUCUGCACUGACACAGCCAAAGAGAUGGAGUCCUGGAUGAAGGUCAUGACAGACGCUGCUCUCGUCCACACUGAACCAGUCAGGAGAACGGACAAGUUGAAAGGGGACCAGCGGAGAUCUCAAGAGCCGAACAACCUGCUGAACCACAGAGUCCUCACACGGCCCGAGAUCCAGAACAACGAACGCAAUCGAGAACCUGCGUGUCAACACUCGCUGUCGCAGGUCGACGACAAAAGGCAAAAAGAUGUGAAACACAACGACCAGAGGGAGCAGGAGUACUACACCCUACAGAGGGAGGGGGAAAGGUACUCUCUGAAGAAAGAGGGCGUGAGCUACAUGCUGCAGAAGGAUGGAGAUAGGUAUCUCCUGCACAAGGAUGGAGAAAAGUACCUGCUGAGAAAGGAUGGGGAGAAAUACUCGCUGCAGAAAGAUGAAAAGGUGUACACCAUUCACAGAGAUCUGGAGAAGUGCGGCGUCCGGAAAACAGAUGAGAAACACGCGGUGACGCCGGCUGAGGAAAAGUACGCACCCUCCAAAGAUGGGGAGAAGUAUCUGCUCGCCAAAGACGGAGAGAAGUACGCGCUGCAGAAAGUAGGCGAUCGCCACACGCUGCAGAAAGAUGGGAGGAAGUGCCUCUCUCAGAAGGAGGUCCGGAGGCAGCUGUCGCUAAAGGAAACCGACAGGUUCAGCACCAUGAGGGAGAAGGAUAAUAAGUACGGCACCAUACAAGUUAUGGACAAAUACAGCACGAUGAAGGAAAUUAAGAGAUACACAUCUUGA